UCGCACUCUCAUUUUGUGUACCAAAGGCCUAGAGGCUGCUAACAGUGGGUGUGGUUGUCAUGGGUGAUAUAAUGUUAACUAGAGUUCUGCCUGGUGGUUCUAUAAACACCGGUAUUCUUAGUGUCUCAAAUCGGUAUGAUGUCGCACGCAUGCCGACAAUUGAAGAGGGACAUAAUUCAGCAGUGCUGAUAGCAAGAGAUGCUCGUCAAGAAGGCGUCAUCCAUCGUUUCAACUUCAGAAGGAGGGCGGAUGGAGGCUAUGCCAAGCAAACCAUAACUGGUUACUCAACAAUCUGUACUGCCUCUGAACUCCCUGUUCCUGUGAUCCAUAACGGUUCAGUUGAUGUAGCCGGAGAUGAUCAUCCAGACCCAGUUAUGGUUGCCAAUGCCAGCAAAAUUCGCAGAGAUAAACGAAUUGUCAACGCUGUGAAGGAUGUCGAAAAGCAGCUACAAGCGCAAAGAUCAUGGGCGUCGGAUGAGAAUCAUGCACGAUGCGAUGGCAGAAUGAAGGGAAGGGAGAACCGCUUUCCAAGCUUGGGAAAGGAUGGUAUCACACUCACCAAGUCACCAGUAUUCCCUGGAGCCCAUGCCAGGGUUUUGAAACAUCCUUGCAGGGAUUAUGAUGAGAAUGAGGCCAAGCUAUUCUAUGUCCCCUUUUACGCUGGAUUGCAUAUCUUGAGAUGGCAUUUCAAAAAUGUUUCCAACGAUGUCAAAGAUGCCCUGUCUCUGGAACUCAUGAAAUGGCUGGAGAACAAAAGGCCAUGGCUGAGAAAACCCGGUGAAGAUCAUGUUUUUGUUUUGGGAAAAAUUUCAUGGGAUUUCAGGAGAAGAGAUGAUUCUCCCUGGGGGAGUAGAUUUCUCAGACUUGAUCAAUUGCAGAAUCCAAUCAAGCUCUGAUCGAGCGCCAACCCUGGCACGUCAAUGACAUCGGAAUCCCACAUCCCACCUUCUUUCAUCCACAUUCUGACAUGGACAUCGUCACCAGGCAGCUGAAGAUUAUAGAAUCAAAAUGAAAAACCGUGGUGGGUUUUGCAGGAGAGGCGAGGCCGAAUGCACCUGAACAUAAGGUCAGUUUUAAUCAAUCAGUGCACUUCAG